UAAAUUUACAAUUAAUUAUUGUUUUAACUAUAAGAUUAUCGACAGAUAGCGUUGAUUUAUACCUGUAAAGGAGACAUCGAUGUGAUACUUCAAAGUGUACCAUUUAUAUGUGUUUUUAUAGCUAUGGUAAUGAAAUAUUAUACAUAUCAGUUUCAAAAAAAUAAUAUAAAGGAUCUUUUGAAAAAUAUGCUAAACAAUUGGCAAAUAUGGGAAACUCGAGAAGAAUUGAAUAUCAUGCAUGAAUUUGCAGUAGAAGGGAGAUUCUUUACGUUGCUUUACAUAUCAUAUAUUUACACGUGUAUGGUUUUGUUUUUAACAAUGCCACUUUUUCCUCGCUUCAUGGAUAUCUUGAUACCUUUGAACGAGUCUCGCCCUUUGAGAGCUACUGUUAAAAGUUAUUAUUUUGUCGACGAACAGAAGUAUUUUUAUUAUAUUCAUUGUCACAUGAGUAUUGAAAUUACAGUUGGAAUUACUGUAUUAGUUGCUACGGAUAGUCAAUUUUUGACUUUUAAUUCACACAUAUGCGGUUUAUUUUCUGCAGUAGGGUAAGAUAACAUUUGUUUAUUUUAAUAGAAAUUUUCAUGGAUACUUUACGAUUAGAUUAAUUCUUGAUAACACUGUAGAUUUCGUCUAGAACAUUUGUUGAACGAUCGGCUCCAGUCUCAAGUUUUAUUGGAUCAUCAUCAAAUUAGAAAAAUGUAUUUCGAUAACAUUG